AUGCUUGGCGACCUCAUCACAUGCAUCCUCUUCCAAUCCACUCGCCCACCCACACUUUUCAUGUCACUCUCCUUCCAUCUCUUCCAUCCCUCCACACUGCUCCCCCAAAGUGCCCUGCAGCCAUGGGUGGCGCGCAAGGUCCAGGAGUUCCUGGGGAAGGAGGAGUCCACGCUCGUUGCCUUCAUCCUCUCCACCCUCCUCCGUUCCCCCUCUCCUCCUUUGCCCACCCCCCCUCCUUUUCCACGGGUCACCCCACCCUUCCUCAGAGUGCCUGCACCAGCGCAUGAGGCCAUGGGUGGCGCGCAAGAUCCAGGAGUUCCUGGGAGAGGAGGAGCCCACCCUCGUCAACUUCAUUCUCUCCAAGCGCAGCAGCAUGUGGGUGGGGCUGCACUGCUGGGCCUGCUGGAGCCGAUGUUGGACGAGGAGGCAGAAAUUCUUGUGCUCAAGAUGUGGCGCAUGCUCAUCUUUAAGAUCAAACGUGUUGAGCUGGGCCUCACGGAUCCUUCUGACGACGCUGCACACCUCAUUCUCUUGGCAUUUCCGCGUCUCUUGCUGCGCCUACCAUCCGCCGCUGCUCCCACGCAGUCCCUUACCUCUUCAUGUGCCUCCUUAGCGCGCCGCUUCAUCAAUGGUGACUGGCAGUCUCUUUUCAGUGAAGCCGUAGCUGCAGCCACUCUAGCCGCCAGACCUUUGCACAUGGCAUCGGCACGUUCUACGGCGCUGCAGGCUCGUCUCAACCGUGCGAAACGGUUUGCGAAAUGCGGGGACUGGUCACGUUCACUGGCAGCACUGGAAGCUGGCGAGCUAGCUCCUCCAUCAUCAGAAACGGUUGCUGCCCUCAGCUCCAAGCACCCACCUGCUGCAGCAGAAAUUCCUGACUGGGUACACAGCUUCACUCCUACAGCCGCACCACAGCUUACUGUCCCUGUUCUCCAGGCCGCUCUACAGUCCGCCCCCCGUGGCACAGCUGCUGGACCUUCUGGGUGGUUCAUUGAGCACCUCAGGGACAUGUUUCUCUCUCACCAGCAGCAUCUCCCUUCUCUCCUCCACGUAUUCCAGAACUGGCUGCAGGGUGAUCUUCCACUUGCAGUCAGGCCUUUCUACACCGCUUCGAACCUCGUGGCCCUACAGAAACCGCAUGGUGGUGUACGUCCCAUCGCCAUUGGGGAAGUGCUACCACGCCUCCUUUCACGCUGCAUCACUCUCCUUUUCAAGCAGCAGAUGCGAGAGACAUUCCUUCCUCACCUUCAAUUUGGCGUAGCAGUUCCGGCCGUGAUCGAGAUUAUGUCGCACGCAGUGUGCUCCGCCUUCUCCCUUCAUCCAGACUGGGUGGUGCUUCAGCUGGACAUUGCAAACGCGUUCAACUCAUUCAACCGGGUUUCCAUGUUUGAGGCAUUAAGGCGCUCCCCAUUCUCUAGUCUCAUUCCAUUCUUCCGCCUAUUCUACUCCACCCCUUCACCUCUUCACUACCGCAGCGGCCCCCUUCUCCACACAUUCCAGUCAGCUUCUGGUGUUCGGUGCAAUGAGGUGGCGGGUUCUGGCGGGGCUGAAAUAGUGCUGAAGGAGGUGGGGCAGGCGGUGCGCAGUGGGAGGGCCAAGAGUGUGGUGCUGGCGCCGGAUGUGGAAGAGGCAAGAGGGCAGGUGAGGGAAGAUGUGGGUGGGAGGUGA